AGAGAGACAAUAAUACAAAAUAAAAUAAAAUAAAGAAAUAUUGAUUUACUCAAAAAGGCAGUAACAGAAAAGAGUCUCUCUCAACUUUUAGAAGAUCCAUCCAAUUUAUUACCAACUCAUUUAUUAGUUUUAACCUUGAAGCAAAAGAAACACAACAAAGAAGUACUGAGAUAUAUAGUAUAUAACUGAUUUAUAAGAGAAGCAGAGAGAAUUGUUAUUAUUAUUAAGAAAAAUGGGAAGUGGAGGAGGAGGUUAUGGAGAUGCAAACCAGAGGAUAGAUUAUGUAUUCAAGGUGGUUUUGAUAGGGGAUUCAGCAGUGGGGAAAUCACAGAUAUUAGCUAGAUUUUCUAGGAACGAGUUCAGUUUAGAUUCUAAGUCCACGAUCGGAGUUGAAUUUCAAACACGUACUUUAGUCAUCGAUCAUAAGACCGUCAAGGCUCAGAUCUGGGACACUGCUGGUCAAGAACGAUACAGAGCAGUUACAAGUGCAUACUACAGGGGUGCUGUAGGGGCAAUGUUAGUUUAUGACAUCACAAAACGUCAGACCUUUGAUCAUAUACCCCGUUGGCUAGAAGAACUUCGUAACCAUGCUGACAAGAAUAUAGUCAUCAUUCUUGCAGGGAACAAGAGUGAUCUCGAGAACCAGCGUGAUGUACCCACAGAGGAUGCAAAAGAGUUUGCUGAGAAAGAAGGUUUAUUUUUCUUAGAGACGUCGGCAUUGGAAGCAACUAAUGUUGAAGAAGCCUUCAUGACAGUUUUGACAGAAAUAUACAACAUUGUCAACAAGAAGACCCUAGCUGCUGAUGAAAAUCAUGGAAAUGGAAACUCGGCAUCUUUGGCUAGCCAGAAACUUAUUAUUCCAGGCCCUGCACAGGAAAUCCCUGCUAAGAGCAACAUGUGUUGCCAGGCAUCAUGAUUAUUUUUUUUAUUUUGUUUCAAUUUAUAGUUAUUUCAUUGUUUAAUGUUUCUAUUACCAAAUUUUAAAGGUUUGGCAAACUUCCUUUUGUACAUUUAAAUUUGUUUGGAUUGACGAGUGAAGUACAACAAAUGGAGGUUAAUAUAGAUUGCUUGUAUAAUAUUCAUGAACUUAUCGAGUGAAAUGAUGUGAUUCAGAAUUUUGAUUGAAAA